GAAACCAGAGAGGAAUUCUCCAAAAGGAUGCAGGAGUUCGAGGGACGACUACAGAAGGCAACCCUUUCGAGCCCCGGGGCAGCGAACAUCGCUUCUGACUUCGCUGUCUUUAAACAGAUGACACUGGAGAGUCUGCAGUCUUUGCAACACCAAGUUGACUUGCUGGCUAAGGAAGUUGAUUUGCAGGAAAUGCGUAGCCGACGGAAAAUUUUGUUGCUUCAUGGCGUCUCAGAGAGUGAUCAAGAGGACGUCGUCUCGUUGGUAUGUGGUGUUGUUGGUGAUCAAAUGAAAUUGGAGUUUUCAACGGAACAUAUUAGCCGGUGUCACAGGAUGGGACGUAUAACAACUAGUAAGAAAGCACGUCCACUUUUGGUGAAAUUUCGUGAUAUCAAUAUUCGCGACAGGAUCUGGUCCAAUAAAACAAAAUUGAAAGGCACCAAUAUUUCCUUAUCUGAGUUUUUGACAAAAACUAGGCAUGAUACAUUUAUAGCGGCCAGACAACGCUUUGGUGUCAGAAAGUGUUAGACGCGUGAUGGGUUCAUUCACGUCCUCGGAUCCGGCGGAGUGCGGCACCGUAUCAGUAGCAUGGCUGAACUGGGUAGGAUUGUGGUACCAGAACCCCAAAAACCAGUUCCAGUUGCGGCAAAAACAGAUAUCGGCGUCAGCAGAACGAAACGAGUUCAAGCAACCAGGAAAUAAGUGUUAAUAAGAGAUAUUUCAUUUUUGCGGGUCGGUGAGUGAGUUUGUAGUCCUUACAUUAAUAGCAUUACCCAUUUUUUUUUAUUUUUAUUUAUUUCAAUCAAAUAAUCAGUAAUCAUAUAAUAAUCAGUAAUCAUAUACUUUUACCCACUAUUUACUAUUAAUAAUUAAGCAGUGAUGGCACAGACUUAUAAAAAAAAAGGGGGUACCCCGUGAUUUAAAUUUUUAAACAAGGUAAGUUGAUUAUCUUAUUCUACCUUACAUAUUCUGAAUCUAUAAAUGUCAAUUGUCAGCUAUCAGAUAAUAUCUUAUUAUCUUAGAUAUAUAACUUUACAAUUUAUGCACAGAUAAUAUAUUGUGAAACUCGUAAAAAAUUGUAUAGUCUGUCUUUAAAUUUUGAAUAGAUAAAUCGCUUAUUUACAUUUACUUAUUUAUGCUCAUUAUUA